AUGCCGUUCGUCAAAUCUCUCCAUAAAGUGUCCAAAAAGCUCUCUAAGCAGCUGUCGGGAUCGCUUCACGUCAAGGGACGUAAGUUUAAACAACUUAAUAGAGCCACCGAGCGUGAGAACAAGCUCCAAAAGAAAAAACUUCAGUACGCUGAGCAGAAGAACCAUGAACUUCUUGUUUACUUGCACAUCCAGGAGAAGAUCAACGAAGAUAAGGAGAAGGAGGUUUUCUCUCAAGAUGACAUGAGGGAGAUUGUCAAUGAAUAUAUCUGCAGAAACGACGAGGAGUUGGCUCAGAUCGAAAGCGAUCGUAGACCUGGCAGACCUCUAAGUAGCAAGCACCAGCUCCAGAUCGAAAAGAGAAAGCACGAUCAGCAUAUAUUUGAGACUGGGUUUAGUAUCCCAGACAUUUCUGAUAAAUUAACAGUGACCAGAUUGAGAGGGUGGAACGGUACGAGUGGGUCGCUCACUUCGUGGAAAUUUACUUUGAUCACCAAGGAACCCCCCAAGGAAGCCGAUAAGGAAGUUGCAAUGGAGGUCUAG